AUGUCAUCGGCAGAUCUGAAUGCAGAGAACGCUGGCAGGACUCUGGAUAUACACCUAACGGCUGAGUUGGAGAGGAACCCUGGAAGCACAACGCAGAAGGAUUCGAGCAAUCAUGAUGCAACUCAAGAGAUUGAGAUCAAAGGUACGUAUCAUCUAGCAAACCUCCUGCAAGAGCUAUUCCUGGCGCAGAAGAAGGGGGAGGAGUUUCUGGAAGUCGACUUGGAAAAAAUCACUGAGGAUCCAGUCGAUCGUCUCCAGCGAUUGAUCAGAACCAGCUGGUGGGACAACCUGAAGAGGAACAUCGAUAGCUCUGGCAUCGCCGUUGCAGCGAGAGAUCCCAAAACCCUCGAGGCUGCGGACUCUCACCCAAGAAUCUAUGUACCGCAUGGCGUACCACUACAGCACGCAUACUACUCGAAGCUUGCGCGGGAAAUGCCAGACAUAAAUUUGGACGUACAAUGGCUUCCAGAAAGCGACAUCACGGCUGAGUUCAUCAGGAGCUUGAACGAUAAGCCUGGCAUUCUGGCGCUUGAGAUGGAGGGAAAUGACUCGAAUGGACGCAAAGAACUCAUAGGACUCCCAUUCGUUGUACCUGGAGGACGAUUCAACGAACUCUACAACUGGGAUAGCUGUUUCUGUGCUACGUCAAUGAUAGAUACGCAUCCACAUGUUGUCAAGUCGAUCCUACGACAUUUUAUCUUCGAGAUCAAACACUAUGGCAAAAUACUCAAUGCGAACCGGUCGUACUACCUUGGCAGAGCACAGCCCCCUUUCCUCACAGAUCUAGCUUUGAAAACUUACAAUGCGACCAAACAUGAGCCUGGAUCCAAGGACCUUCUCAAGCUGGCAAUCCUCGCCGCAAUGAAAGAGUAUUACAAUUACUGGAUGACGGCUCCCAGAUACGACGAAGGCACUGGACUCACCAGAUACAGGCCCGUUGGGAUUGGUAUCCCUCCAGAAGUUGAAUCAACGGGGUUUGACCACAUUUUGGAACCUUACGCCGCGAAGCACAACAUGACGAUGACUGAGAUUGGACAGGCAUACACCAAUGGUAAAAUCCAAGAGCCUGAGCUUGACACGUUCUUCCUCCAUGACAGAGCACUCAGGGAAAGUGGCCAUGAUACGUCGAAUCGAUUCGUGGGAGUCUGCGCAGACUUAGCAACGAUAGAUUUGAAUUGUCUGCUCUAUCGAUACGAAAUGGACAUCGCGGAGGCGAUUCGGACCAUCUUCGAGGACACUCUUCAAGUACCUGCUGAUUUUUGUGCUCCCGGUCAGGUGGUGGAUCGUUUCGAGUCAUCCGCCGUUUGGGACAUUUCUGCCAGAAAGAGAAAAGGAUUAAUUGAUAGGUAUUUGUGGAAUGAAGAGAAGGGUCUCUAUUUUGACUACAACUCGGUGACUCAGAAGCAAACUGAGUAUGAGACGGUGACGAGCCUCUGGGCUCUUUGGUGCGGGGUAGCUAGUCCGCAUCAAGCGGCUUUACUCGUUGAAAAAGGCCUUCCCAAAUUCGAAUGUGUGGGUGGUCUCUCUUCGAAUACAGAGAAUUCUCGUGGCCCGGUCAAUACAGCGAAUCCUCAGAAGCAAUGGGACUAUCCUAAUGGCUGGGCUCCUCAUCAAAUUCUGGCUUGGGAUGGCUUGAGGAAAUAUGGUUAUCACGAGGAGGCCGAGAGACUAGCGUACCGCUGGCUUCACAUGAUCACCAAGGUUUUCGUGGAUUACAAUGGUACUGUGGUCGAGAAAUACGACGUCACGCAGCUCAAGAGCCCCCACCGCGUAGGGGCAGAGUAUGGCAACCAAGGACUGAGCUUCAAGUACGCUCCAGAGGAAGGUUUUGGGUGGACAAACGCAAGUUAUCUGCAUGGCCUCUCCCUCCUGGGCUUGGAUGCGAGACGCGCUCUGGGAGUAGGUGCGCCUUAUGAGGUCUAUACCAAAGGCGGGGCGUGA